AUGAGAUUGAUUUCCACGAAUAUGCAGGCUAGAAAGAUGCUAUUUGCUGCUAUUCCAUCUAUUUGUGCAUCAAGUUCGAAGAAGAUCUCAAUCUAUAAUGAAGAAAUGAUAGUAGCUCGUUGUUUUAUAGGCUUUAUCAUAUUCAGUCGGAAGAGUUUAGGUAAGACUUUCAAAGUGACUCUCGACGGGAGAAUCCAGGCUAUUCAGGAAGAAUCGCAGCAAUUCCCCAAUCCUAACGAAGUAGUUCCUCCGGAAUCCAAUGAACAACAACGAUUACUUAGGAUCAGCUUGCGAAUUUGUGGCACCGUAGUAGAAUCAUUACCAAUGGCACGCUGUGCGCCUAAGUGCGAAAAGACAGUGCAAGCUUUGUUAUGCCGAAACCUAAAUGUUAAGUCAGCAACACUUCCAAAUGCCACUUCUUCCCGUCGCAUCCGUCUUCAGGACGAUCUAGUCACAGGUUUUCACUUCUCAGUGAGUGAAAGAUUUGUCCCCGGGUCUACGUUGAAAGCUUCUAUAGUAGAACUCAUUCGAGAGGGCUUGGUGGUCUUAAGAAUGGUUCGGGUGGGGGGUUUCUCUUAA